AUGACAAGUCUGUCAGUACGAAAUGUUACAUGUGAUUAUUAUUUGGAAAAACCAAAUGGUUUUAAUAAAGUUCGUCUUCGCACUAAUAUCAAAGUGCCAAUCAUACGAAUGUUCGGCAUCUUGGAGACAGGCCAAAAAUGUUGUAUACAUGUGCAUGGUGUCUUCCCAUACAUAGUAAUUCGAAGUGGUGUACAAUUUACACCUGAAUUUGCUUUAUUAUUACGCAACAAAAUUAAUAAAAUCGUUUUGGAUUACAAUCCACGAUAUAAAUUCAAUAUUGAUUAUGCGAUCUAUCAGAUCAAGCCAAUAAUUGCCAGGUCAUUAUACGGUUAUCAUAAGGACAAUGAAAAUUUUGUGAAGAUUCUUUGUUACAGUCCACUUCAGCUUAGAAUUGUAGCAAAUGCUCUACAGAAGGAAGCAAGAAAGGAUUCAAUAUUUCAAGUGUACGAAUCGCAUGUACCCUAUAUUCUACAGUUCUUCGUAGAUCAUUCCAUAUUUGGCAUGGAUUUAGUCAAUUUCAUCUCAGUUAAAUUUCGUAUAUCUCCGCAACAAAAUUUUAGUGAUUUUUAUUAUCAAGAUUUGAAAGUCGAAAACAUCGUUAACAAUAUGGAGCUUGUGUCUCCGUUGUUACCUUGUACCACUGCAGCUGUUGAAUGUGAUGUUUUCUCUGCAGAUAUCAGUAAUGUUUCUGUACAUUCCACUUCAGAACUGUUUAACAAUCCGGGGUUGAAUUAUAUAUGGCAAGACGAACAGCGGCGUCGUCAAAAGAAGGGUGAAGAACUAAUUAGCGAGCCACAAAAAGAAAAGAAGAAGAAAAGGAUAGAAGAAAGGGAAUUACCGGAUACUGAAAAAGAAAGAGAUUAUUUGAAUCGUUUACAUAUUUUUUUCAAAGACAAUGCUUCUAAUGUUUCCUUUGGCGCUGCACAGAACGACACUUCACAGGAUAUUGGAAAAGUUGAAAGAAAUUGUCCUUUUGAACAUGAUUUUGAAACAAUAGAAACUGGUAUAUUUGAUGAAGAACUAUUUUUGGAUGUUGAAGAUGAAAUGAAAGAUAUGAUGGAAGACAAUGAACAAGAAGUUGAGGAGGAUUUCGAUUUUGGAGAAGAAAUUGGAGCAGUUUAUGAGACACUGAGGUCUACAGAUGCUACAGAACUACGGUCCAGAUUACAGCAGUUUGAUCCAGAUUUGGCUGAAGGAGAUUCUGAUGAAAAUGAUAGCGACGACAAUGUUGUUGGGGGUGAAAUGGCUUCUGAUACAUCUAGUCCCGAAAACGUACCUCAAGUCGUAAAGUCUAAUAGCCAGCAGUCAACAAAUAGCAAUGAUUUAUUUGGAAGUCAGCUAGAAAAUAUCGGAAGCUCAGCUUCUUCUGCGAUUGGCUCCGGCCACUCGGGAGGAGGUUUACGAAAUUCCGAAGCAUCAUCCCAAUAUUCUAUUUUUGCUUAUUCAUCAAAAACUUCGCAAACAUCAGCAAAUAUGAUCUCUGGAAAUUGCGAAAGAAGUCAACUUUCUCAACGAGAUGGUGAUGAUUGGGUUGAAAAUGAGGAAGCAAUCAACUUUGUACAAAGUUAUGAAACGGAUAUUGAGAGUGUCUGGAUUCCGAAGGGGCAGCAAAAGUUUGUCCCUCAGAACGAUUUAGAGCUAGUGAUUUCAAAAAAUGAGCAGUGGUUGCGUCCUUUUAAACGAUUACCUCUUCGAAGGAAGUUGAGUCAGAUAUGUGGUAUUGAACCCUUCACUACAGAUAUUGGAACUGAAAGUUCAUCUCAGCCGAAACAAACAGCAGUUGUUGAGAAGUUUUCCACCGAAUUAUUCACUGAAAAUCCCAGUUUCAUUGAUUAUGAAAAUAGAAAAGAAAAAUUGGAGCAAACUUUAGUUGUCUCUUCGACAACUCCAUCGGCUAGUGAAUUAGAACAAGCAGAUAUUCAUAAUCUUUCCGUGAUGUCUAUGGAGAUUCUUGCACUGCCAUCUCGUGGAAUGCCAGUACCAGAUCCACAGCAUAAUCAGAUUUUGGGAAUAUUUUAUACAGUUUCGAUGGAUGUUUGCGUACAAGAUGAAUUAAAUAACGUGGGUGGUAUUUUGUUGAACAUGGAUGAAGGGCUAGUUGGACAGAAUGAAUUUUAUACUUUCGUAGCUUCUGAAAUUGAGCUCUUUGAUACUUUUGUCAGUGUUGUUCGGAGAUACGACCCGGAUAUAGUUAUUGGAUACAAUACUCAACGGUAUUCUUGGGGUUAUCUGAUUGAAAGAUCGCUUGCCAUUGGGCGGAACUUACUAUCGGAAAUUUCACGCGUUCCUGUCGAGAUCAGUGAUUAUUACCGUCCUGAACAGCAGAAAAAAAACCAGUGGAUUAAAGUGUUAGAUCCAACUCCGAGAGGUAGAAUACUUAUAAAUACGUGGCGUAUUCUUCGACACGAAAUUGCACUGAGAAAUUAUACUAUCUCCAACGUUGUUAAUAGUGUUUUGAAGCGAAGAUUUCCUCACUACAGCUUUCCAACGCUCUCAGAUUGGAUUUUAUCUGGAGAAAAAGAUUUAAUAAUCUUGGUUCUAAAACAUAUGAAGCUGUAUUGUCAGCUGGAUCUUUUAAUCCUUUUGCGAUUGGAUUUUUUCACGAGGACGUCAGAAAUGGCACGUCUUUACGGUAUACAGUUCAAUGAAGUGUUAACACGUGGUUCGCAAUUUCGAGUUGAAUCAGUGCUUUUGCGACUCGCACGUCGGAAAAAAUAUGUUGCUCCCAGUAUUUCCCCUGUUCAAAGAGGAGCAAUGUGCUCACCAGAGACAUUACCGUUAACUAUGGAACCGGAAUCAGGUUUCUAUCGUGAUCCAGUUAUUGUGCUCGAUUUUCAGUCUCUCUAUCCUUCUAUCAUUAUCGCUUACAAUUACUGUUUUACCACAUGUUUGGGGAAAAUAUUGCAUGUUGAGAAUACCUGCUCAGCAAAUAGAAUAAUCGAAUUUGGUGGUUUGGAAUAUAAUUGCCCGAUAGACGACAUUGUUUCGAUGCUUACCACCAAUGAAUUACACAUAUCGCCAACAGGAGCUAUUUUUUGUCGAAAAACUGUUCGAAGAGGUUUGAUGCCUGUAAUGCUUGAAGAAAUUUUGAAUACAAGAGUAAUGGUGAAAAUGGCUGCAAAGGAAUCAAAAAAAGAUCGUCGAAUGGCUCGUAUAUUGGAGGCACGCCAAAUGGCGUUGAAAAUGAUCGCGAAUGUAACAUACGGUUACGCAGCUGCAAAUUUCAGUGGCCGAAUGCCAUGUGUGGAGGUAGCUGACGCCAUUGUAAGCAAGGGAAGGGAAACACUGGAGAGAGCUAUGAAAUUGGUCAACGAAGGAGCUUACGGAAGUUCACGAGUGAUAUAUGGUGAUACCGAUAGCAUGUUUGUAGUUUGUCCAGGAUCAACUCGAGCUGAAGCUUUUGAUAUUGGCAAAAAGAUUGCUGACGAUGUGACCAGAGCAAAUCCAAAUCCAGUGAAGCUAAAAUUAGAAAAAAUUAUGUAUCCACUUAUUUUGGAAUCGAAGAAGCGAUAUGUAGGAAUAAGCUACGAAAAUACUGAUGAUGUGGAAGGUGUAUUCGAUGCUAAAGGGAUUGAAACAGUUCGAAGGGAUUCAUGUCCUCUUGUUUCAAAGAUCUUGGAAAAAACUUUGCGUCUACUUUUUGUUAAUGAUAUAAAUCGAAUGGUACGCUAUCUGGAUAUGCAACUUUCUAAUCUUCCGCAGCUCCCGUUAUCUGACUUCAUUUUCAGUCGCGAAUAUCGCAAAUCAUAUGCAGCAUGUGCGAUUGUACCAUCGAAGUUGAUAGCCGAGAAGAGAAAAGCUGUAUGUUCACGUUAUGAACCAGAAGUUGGUGAGCGAGUUCCAUAUGUAAUUGUUUGCGGUGAACGAAACAGCACUUUAAUAUCAUGCGUUCGUGAACCUGAAGAGUUCAUUUUGAAUCGUCAUUUAAAAAUUAAUUUUGAAUACUACGUAAGACGUCAAGUGUUGCCUUCACUGCAUCGAGCUCUUGAUUUUGUUCCACUAAAAAUUGAAUGGCGUUGUCCUACAACUGUUGGUUGCUACAAUUGUGGAGCAUUAGGUACAAAGCUGUGGUGCGGAGAAUGCAUCAUUGAUCGGAAAGCUCUUCUGAUGUCAGUAUGUGAUUAUUACCAAGAAAGACGCCUUCUUGCUUACCUUAAUGAUAAAUGCCGUAAAUGUUUAUCAUUACGAUCAGUUAAUAUCGAUUACAACAAAUGCGUCAAUAUGGCUUGCAUCAUUAAGCAAAAGCGAAUUUUUUUGGAUCGUUCAAUGGCUGAAUUGGCGAUAAAAAAUCAUUUUUUAACAAGCGAUAAAUCUCUCAAGCAAACUUAUUAG